AUGCGUAAACUGUCUCAGAUCAUCGACGCGCAACGAGACUCUCUCGACGCGAUGGACUCUCCCCGCCUUCCCCAAUCGCCGUUAACUGUGAAUACUUCGGCGCCUGCUUCGCCUGCUCUUUCAUUGUUCUCCGCAGCAGGCCACAACCGCGUCUCUAGUUCGGUCUCUUCUCUUGUUCCGUCAACUAGUUUGGGAAACUCAAUGGACAGCUCCAGCCGGACACACUUGACAGGCGUGAAAGAGGAACUCUGCGCGCGAGAUUCGCUCGAGGAUCAAUAUUUCCAGCACUUUGAAUGUGGGAUGCCUACCACCGACGAGUCUUAUUUCCCUAGGGACCCCUCCGACAGCUACGAUCUAAGCGAUACUGGAAUGGAUGUUCCCCACUCGCCUAAGAAGCGCCGUUCUGAUAGCUUGUCAGUGAAAGGUGUAUCGCGCAUCGGCUCCCAUAUGUCGACUGUCUCGUCUCGUUGGAAGUCCAAACGCGCGUCGGGGAGUCCCGAGCGAGAUAUCUACCCUGAUGAUUUGCGAUCUCGCGCCAACUCUGCGGCUUCUUCCGCACUCGCAAGUCCCAUCAUCUCCACCCCAGUCAGCCGCAUUGACUCUCAUGUCCCUCCAUCUCCCGCCCACACAAUCUUCGAGGAGCGCGUCAGUUUCUCAGGCUCGCAGCCAAUUGAUAUCGCUCGCGCGAACAGCAUGAGUCAGGAUGACGAUGAGGGCCAACAAUCCACCACACCUCUCCUUCCCCCGUUGCUCGGCGAUGACCCUACGAGCAUGAUUGCCUCGCGCGUGCAAUCUCCACUGCAAUCGCCUUCCGUUGCAGAUGUGAGCGAGCCCGCGCACUACGCUAUGACCUCGGAUCCCCGAUUCGUUGCUGUGACUGGCAUCCCCUCUCCGCCACUCUCCUCCAAGCCUUCCAUGGCAUCAAUCUCCCGACCACGUGCAAGUACAGUCCGGACUAUAUCUGGAGAGCCAGCGCCCUUCGUUCUUACCGAUCCCAAAGAUGAAUGGGCCAACAAGCUCGGCCACGCCAAUUUCAACAUUCAGCCCGAGCCGUACGUGCCAGCCACAUGUGAUUUGGAAAGCUUCCACCAGCUUCGUGCCGACUGGGACAUUGCGCGAUGCAACUUUGCCAAGCACCUUGUCCGCACCGGCGAGCACUAUGGUGAGACUUCGAACAUCUAUAAGUUGACUGGUGAGAAGUGGGAGUCCAUCGACCGCUCAUGGCGCGCCCAACACGAGGCCAUUCUCAGUGGGCUCGGCUCCGUCGAUAGCGUCACGCUCACACUGAACCACGCUGAUCUGCGUCCCUGUGAACAAGUCUGCGUCCCUCGAUUACACGACAACGCCAAGUUCCCCGAGAUGGGUGACGAGGACAUUGUUGGGCCAAUGACUGUGUCGCCGGUGGCUGAAAUUGCAGGCCCUUGCCGCACAAGGUCUUUGAAGAAGCGUUCCUUCUUCCGCUUCUUUUCAGACCUUGUUGGCCGGCCGUGA